GAAGGGGAAGAAACUUGUAUCCUCCUGUGGGCAAAAAGCCUGUCGGUGCACAUCCUUCGGAGCGGUCGCUGGGAGGAACAUGACCUGACUCCAUCCACCUUUGGGGAGGGGGUCAGCCCGAAACUUCACGGCUCAAGCUGCGACAAAACCAAAUCAAGGUUGGUUCUGAAUUAUGAGAACGUCCUCGGCCACCGUAACUUCAAACUGAUCUUUGCUAUGAGCCAGCGUCACUACCAGGUGUCCGCACGCCGCUGGUUCACACUCGACGCCGUGGAGCUGGAGUACGACGGGACCAAGGCCACGUUUAACGGCAGCAGAAACAUUUACGCCCCCGCUGAGUUCUCGUACCGCUGUGAGUCCGUCACCAGCUUCCGUUGGCCCCAGCUCGUCCCGCGCUCGUCCAAAGAUCCAGCCAAUCAGUGGAGGGUCGCUUUUGAAGACUUUCAGAUCCAGGGCUUUAAUGUCACUGGCAGUGACUUUUCGUACGCCAGCGACUGCGCAGGCUUCUUCUCCCCCGGUAUCUGGAUGGGUCUUAUGACCAGCCUGCUCAUGGUGCUGGUGCUCACUUACGGCUUGCACAUGAUCAUGCAGCUGCGCACCAUGGACCGAUUUGAUGACCCCAAGGGACCCGCUAUCUCUGUGCCCCAAACAGAGUAGCACACCUGGCUCAGCUUUUCCAUCUUUUCCCCUUCAGUGCUUGUCUUACUGUAAUGCUUCCCCCCUUUACAUUCCACUCCCUGUUCAUCUGUAGUUGGGCAUUUUACAGACUGAUUAGUGCUGUUGUCAGAUUAAGGGAUUAGUCAUCACUGCGUAUGUGUCAGUUUAUUCUUAAAUGUGAAUCCUGAGACUGAAGAAUUUGCGUACGUUAUUCAGGAGGUGGUUUAACAACACUGUUCUGAAGGUUUUUCCAGAAUCAACUAAAAUAUUCAUCCAAAGAGAUUUUGAACUUCGUCAGCCAAGUUUCGUCUCUGUUUUCUCAUCCCAACAAAGGUGGUAGCUGUAAUCUGUGCGUGUCUAUGCUUAAUCUGGCUACAAAACAUAAAAAUCUCUUAUUGUGCAGUAAACUGAAUAUUUUGUUAAUCUACAUGGUUAGAAAGGUAAGUGUUAUUAAACCAUCGUAAUAUCUCUCAAAACUGGAUAAAUGUCCCCCAUGAAGGGGACAUAACUGUACAUAAAGGGACAUAAAUAGUUUAAGAUAAAUUAAUUAUGAAAUGCUAUUUAUUUGUGAAAAUAAAAUGUGUGUGUGUGUGUUUACAAUUGUGUUUGUGAGUUGACAACUUGAAUGAGGGGAUCAUAUUUUCAAUAUGGAUGAUGAAUAAAUCAUAUCCAUAAUAUAAAGUUUACUCCAGUAUUCUUGAUCAAAAAGCAAAGGGAUGAUUCAGAUAAUCUCUCGUUUACUAAGAAAAUGCAGAACUUGAAAGGACUACUAAUAUUCACCAUUCAAAGUCUGAGAUUUCCACUAAGUGAAAAAUCUUCAUGGUUGUUUUACCCGAACAUUGUCUUAUUAUAACACUUUUUUCUGUUAUAAUUACCAUGAACACUAUUUAUUACUCAAGUUAAUGUUUCUCCUACUGAAAUAUGCUCAAUGUAUUUGUGUUUAAUUUAUUUCCAUGAUUUCUUGUGAAUAUUUAUGAUGUUAGGUACUGAAUGUGGCCCUAAGCUGUAAUGUUGUGACCUCAAUAAAAAAUCUGGGGAAAUUGUGGUAUGA